AUGGCUGACUUUGACAUGAGCACCCCGCCAGACAUCCUGGUGCAGCACGUCGCCCCCGUCACGGCUGCUGCGUGGCCGUCCAAGCCUCACGUCACGCUGACGUGGGCUCAGUCGCUCGACGCCAAGAUUGCCGGCCCGGGAGGGAAGAGAGUCCUGUUGUCGGGACCGGAGAGUAUGGGGAUGACUCAGUGGCUGAGGACAAUGCAUGACGCGAUCCUCGUUGGUGUGCAGACCGUCAUCCACGACGACCCGCGAUUAAAGAUCCAGCAAGUCCCGCAAGACGACACCUCCCUUCACCCUCCCCAAAUCCUCAUCCUCGACCCCUCCCUGCGUACACCGCCAAACGCCCGCAUGCUGCAGGAAUGGCAGAAUCGCGAUCCCGCCGCCAUCGGGCCCAAGGCGGUGAAGCAGCCCUUCCUCAUUUGCGGUCCCGACGCUCCCGCGUCCAACGCCGAGGCGCUCGAGAAGGCAGGAGCAUGCAUCAUCCGCACGCCACUGAAGGAUGGGCGGAUCCCGCCAAGCGCUCUGCGGGGCAUUCUCACCGAUCUCGGGCUGCGGAGCGUCAUGAUCGAGGGUGGGAGCAGGGUCCUCGCGUCCUUCCUCGCGGACAGGGAAGUGGACACCGUCGUCGUCACUGUCGCGCCCAUGUUCAUCGGGGACGGCGUCGGCGUUGUCCCGAGGGAGGAGGAGACGAAGCUCCCUCAGCUUAAGGAGGUGGCUACCGUCGCGAUGGGCAAGGACGCCGUCAUGGUCGCAACAUUGGCUUGA